AUGCUGCCAGCCACAUCCAAGCUCUGCGCUGCCAUCUCCUACCGCCACCUGCGCAACAUGACCGGUCUGAGGAGACAAGCUGCCGUGGCCAUCAGCCAGGAGCUGAGCAGGCUGGCCAGCCGCAGCCCGGGACCCGGCACCUGGAUCCACCAGGUGCGCAGGAGAAGCUCCUUGCUCAGCUCGAGGCUGGAGGAGAAACCCUUCAGCGAGAUGGAAAUGUCUUACAUCAAGCAAGGGGAGGAAGCGCUGCAGAAAUCGCUCAGAAUCCUUGAGGACCAGGACGACUGGAAGACGGAGACGGUGGCGGGCAAUGGAGAUAAAGUGCUGAGCAAGGUGCUGCCGGACGUGGGGAAGGUGUUCCGGCUGGAGGUGGUGGUGGACCAGCCCCUGGACACAGUGUAUGGAGAGCUGGUGGACAACAUGGAGCAGAUGGGAGACUGGAACCCCAACGUCAAAGAAGUCAGGAUUCUGGAGAAGAUUGGGAAGGACACGGUGAUCACCCAUGAGAAGGCAGCCGCGACCCCUGGGAACAUUGUUGGGCCUCGGGACUUCGUGAGCGUCCGGUGCUCCAAGAGACGCGGCUCCACUUGUGUCCUGGCCGGGAUGUCCACGACCUACGGGGCCAUGCCCGAGCAGGAGGGGUUCAUAAGGGCUGAGAAUGGUCCCACCUGCAUGGUCCUGCGGCCACUGCCCGGCAGCCCCUCCCAGACCAGGCUCACCUGGCUGCUGAGCAUCGACCUCAAGGGCUGGCUGCCCAAGACCAUCAUCAACCAGGUCCUGUCCCAGACACAGGUGGACUUCGCCAAACACCUCCGGCAGCGCCUGGCCCGGCCGGUGCCUGUGACCUGCUGA